ACGGCGGAAGUGACAUCAUGGGUAGCUGAUUUAUUCUGCCUGGAUAUAAAUUCACAGGAAUCUACCUGGCGCAGAAUGUAUAGAACAGCAUAGAAUCUCAAAGCAAGAAAGAAUCUCAACUGUGUUCCAGGAAGACAGAGCAGGAUGCCAGAACCCCAGUUGAUGGGCUAUAAGCCCACCAGUGUAGAGGGAUCAGAUGCCAACAACCAUUCUUCAGGGCCCAACUCAAAUGGCCAACUCCCUGUUAAAUACUCUGCAGCCCCACAGCCCAGCAAUGGCAAAGUAGGGCACAAAGAUUCGGAGGAUGAAGCUGCACAGGCCAAUGGAAAGUCAUCUGUUGACCUCAAUAAGGUUGCGUUUUCUAAUGACAAACAUUCGGCAAAAUCAAGAACAUCAACUGAUACAGAUGAUAAAGAAAAGAAGGAUGAAGAAGAGGCCAAGAUGGUGGGAUUGUUUGAAAUUUUUAAGUUCGCCACAUGUGGUGAUGUAUUCUUGAUGAUUCUUGGGACGUUGCUAGCCUGUUGUCAUGGUGUCGCUCUGCCGGGAAUGAUCAUUGUGUUUGGAGACAUGAUUGAUCUGUUUGUAAAUUCUGGCCUGUACAGUACUGCUGUAGACUCCAUCAUAGCUAUCCUUACAGCUAUGGGGUACACACUGUCCUUUACUCGGGAUGAAGCGUUCUCUAACCCAGAGUUACUCAGACAAUACCAGAAUGUGAGUAACAUCAGUUCCUACCUACCACAACUCGACUACCAGCUACAGAACGAUCUCCUCGAAAAGAUGGGCACCUUCGCCAUCUAUUAUAUCAUUAUUGGUGGUGGUGUGCUCGUCGCGGGGUAUGGUCAAGUCACCUUCUGGGCCAUCGCUGCCGAGCGUCAGUCACACAGAAUCCGACAAGCAUUCUUCAGGAAUGUAAUUCGCCAGGAGAUUGGGUGGUUUGACACGCAUGAGUCCGGGGAGCUGAAUUCCCGUUUGUCAGAUGAUAUCAACAAGAUCCAUGAAGGUAUUGGGGACAAGUUGGGAACUUUCUGGCAGUGGUUUUCAGGCUUCCUAGCCGGGUUUGUGAUCGGUUUCUACUACGGCUGGAAACUGACCCUCGUUAUUCUUGCCAUUAGUCCACUCCUUGCUGCCACAGGAUUUGUUAUGAGUAAGUUGGUGGGGACGAUGUCUUCCCUGGAGUUAAAGGCCUACGCCAAGGCAGGUGCUGUGGCAGAGGAAGUCCUCGGCUCAAUCCGUACUGUAGUGGCCUUCGGCGGACAGAGGAAAGAGUUUAUCAGAUACGACAAAAACUUAGAACAUGCCAAGCAAAUAGGUAUAAAGAAAGGUGUAACCAGUGGACUUUCCAUGGGAGCUAUUUGGUUCAUCAUGAUGUGUUCCUAUGCACUUGGGUUCUGGUAUGGAGCCAAGCUUGUCAGAGAGGACGGUUACAGCAUUGGGAAAGUCCUUAUUGUAUUUUUCAGUGUCCUGAUUGGUGCGUUUUCACUGGGUAAUGCAGCCCCUCAUAUACAGAGUCUCUCAGUCGCCAGAGGAGCAGCUUACAUCAUCUUUCAGCUCAUAGAGCAGAAACCAGACAUUGACAGCCAAUCCAAAAAGGGGAAGAAACUUGACAGUAUCAAGGGCAAUGUGGACUUCCAGGGAGUUCGCUUCACCUACCCAGCUCGAAAAGAGGUUGAGGUCCUGAAGGGCGUUUCCCUACAUGUGGCUAAUGGUCAGACUGUAGCCUUGGUGGGGUCUAGUGGAUGUGGCAAGAGUACCAUGGUCCAGCUGUUACAGCGCUUCUACGACCCUCGGGAAGGGCAGAUCUUGAUAGAUGGCACAGAUAUUUGUGAAAUAAACGUGACUUCACUUCGACAACACAUCGGAAUUGUGAGCCAGGAACCAGUCCUCUUUGCCACAACCAUUGCAGAAAACAUACGAUAUGGACGUGAAAAUGUAACGGAUGAUGAGAUCACACAGGCUGCUCAGAUGGCUAAUGCUCACGACUUUAUCAGCCUCCUUCCUGACAAAUAUGAAACACUGGUCGGGGAGCGAGGAGCCCAGCUGAGCGGUGGUCAGAAACAGAGAGUAGCCAUUGCUCGUGCCCUGGUCAGAGAUCCACGUAUCCUCCUACUGGACGAGGCCACGUCGGCCCUCGACACAGAGAGUGAGGCUGUUGUACAGGAGGCCCUUGAUAAGGCAAGGGCAGGCAGAACUACCAUUGUGAUCGCUCACAGACUGUCCACCAUCAAGACCGCCGAUUCUAUUGCUGGGUUUAAGGAUGGGGAGAUUGUAGAAAGGGGAACUCACGACCAACUGAUGGCUCAAGGAGGCGUGUACAAGACACUGGUAACUCUACAGACCAAGGAUAGGGAUGAAGAAGCUGGAUCAACAGGGGACGAAGUGGAGGAGAUCAUUGCCGCCUACACUGAUGUCAAAAAGCCAGCAGGUCAUGGACCACAGUUGAAACGCCUAUUGUCAACAACAUCUGACCCUGGAAGUGCUGGGGAGGAGGUGCCGGAGGAAGAUACAACAGGCAAUGCAAAGGACAAGAAAAAGAAGAAAAAGAAGGAGGAAGAGUCGGCUCCAUUUUCUCGCGUCAUUCGCCUCAACGCUCCAGAGUGGCCCUUAAUCUUGUUGGGUACCUUUUGUUCAAUUAUAAAUGGCGGAGUUCAGCCUGCCUUUGCUGUCAUCUUUGCUGAAGUCAUUGGUGUUUUUGCUGAAGAUGAGGAGACCCAGAAAAAAAAUGUGGCAAUGUACUCCUUGUUAUUGGUCGGCAUUGGUGCUCUUAGCUUCUUCGCUAUGUUGGGUCAGGCUUACUUAUUUGGGAGAUCUGGAGAAUGUUUAACCCUGAGGAUCCGGCAGAUGGCGUUUAAGGCCAUGCUGAAACAGGAUAUUACCUGGUUUGAUGAUCACAAGAACAGUACAGGAGCUUUGACCACUCGACUAGCUACGGACGCAUCACAGAUCCAUGGGGCUGCAGGAGCACGUGUUGGUGGAUUUUUCCAGGCUUUAGCUAACAUGGGCACUGCCAUUAUCAUCGCAUUCAUCUAUGGCUGGAAGUUAACACUCGUCAUCUUUGCUUUCCUCCCCGUCAUUGCUAUAGCUGGGAUGCUGGAAAUGAGUAUGCUGAAGGGAGUUGCUGGACAAAACAAGGAAGCUUUAGAGGAAGCUGGGAAAGUUGCUACAGAGGCAAUUGAAAACAUCAGAACAGUAGCAAGUCUCUCAAGGGAACCCAAGUUUUUUCAGCUUUACACUGCCAGUCUGGAACAUCCAUACAAAGCAGCUAUGAGGAAGGCCCAUCUCGUGGGACUCGCCUUCUCCUUUUCUCAGGCAGUUCUGUUCUUUGCCUAUGCAGCUUCUUUUUACUUUGGAGCAUACCUGAUCAGGAAUAAUGAAAUGAACUUUGUUGAUGUGUUCAAGUAAGUAUAGCAAUGUGGACAACUUCAUGCUAGUACUUAUUAUUAAUUAAAGCUCAUUGUCUUUGACUUUCUUUGAAAUAAUUUGACAUACCUGUAGCAUAGUUUCUAUAUCAAACAACUCCAAAACGCUGUUCUAGUUAGAUGAUACGUUUAAUUCAUUGUAGUUGACAAUAAAACCUAUGAAAUAGAUAAACAUACGUAAUAACUCACAAUAUGAAAUAAUGAUUAUAUGAUGAUGAAAUAUGACGAAUGAUCAUUUUGUUUAAAAUUAUAUUAUUUCAUACUUACACACAUAAAUACUUACCAGGAACAUCAUGUGUAAGGACAAUGUGACUGGAUCGUGCUCUCGAUGGUUUUGUGUGUUACCAUCGAGAGGUUAAGUCAGAGUGAAGUAGGGAGACGGCAGUGACUGGGAUUUGGACGGGUGGUCCGUGCUGCACGUGCACAUACAUACAUUCCUUAACACUGGUAUUACGCGCGAUGGUUUGAGUGUUGUAUUUGAACACCUGGCUACAUACAUAUUGAUUUACCUACAUGUGAACUAUACUUAAGGUACAUCUGGUGCAAUGGAAAGAGCCAAGACAAGAUUCAGACAAACAAAUGUCUACUGUAAUAAAACCUUCUUGAUAUAUUAUACGCUUCAUUUCAUUUGGCAUCUUUUCUGUCUAGUUUACUGCCAACUUAUGUCAAGGUCCGUUUUAUAUGAACAAUUUAUACUCACUGUUCCCCAGUUAUAUUGGCAGAACUGACUUGACAUAUUGAAGCUGUGUAACGAGAUUUACAUAUGUGCAUUAAGGUAUUCAUACACAUUGAACAGAUCUUUAGUGUGAAUGGCUCUUUCCUUCUUGAUGUAAAAUAAUACAGAUGUUUUCUUGCAUACAAGAUAUCUGCAUUUCGAGCAGUGCUGAAAAAUUCUAUCCAACCCAUAGGUCUGGUUGGCUGACAUGCGCAGACUGGAGGGGGAAUUAUAGUCACUACCUUUCUGGGUCACGCGAUUGUUCAUGAUGUUAUUUUAUGAUGAUUUGGGGUCAGUCAAGGUCAUUGACGUCAUUAACAAUUGCCAUCCGAGCUUCAUAUGCAAAUGAGAAAUGUGUGGACAGUUUACAACUUUAUUAUAAGAUCAGCUAUUUUCAUGGGUUUUAGUUAAAUAAGCAAGAAAUAGAAUCCAUCCCUGAUGUGAGGUAUGGAUAAGGUCAUUCAAACCCCCGGGAUAAUAUAUUUAACAGAAGACCAUCAGCAAACCCUUUCUGUGUAUAGUUUACAAAAAUCAUGUCUAUUGUGAUGUUACAUGCAUGACAUUCGUUGGCAGUUACUUUCAUUUUCUAUGUAUAAUACACAGGGUGUUUUCUGCCAUUGUAUUUGGAGCCAUGGCUGUAGGACCAGCCAGUAACAUGCAGUUACUUUCACUUUCUAUGUAUAAUACACAGGGUGUUUUCUGCCAUUGUAUUUGGAGCCAUGGCUGUAGGACCAGCCAGUAACAUGCAGUUACUUUCACUUUCUAUGUAUAAUACACAGGGUGUUUUCUGCCAU